GGUUGCGCUUCAACUCGCCUAGGGCACCAAAAAAGCUAGAGCCAGCACUGCCUGAACCAUCACUUUAAUCUUACAGAGAAAAACAAGUUUUUUUUCAAUUAAAUACUGCCCCCAUGUGACCAGUCCUGGUGUUGAUUUCUAUUUCUAUUUUUAUUGUAAGAGGUGCACAAAAAUCACACAUGAAACUUAUCUUUAAAUGACUUAUAAUGAGUUAGAGAAGAAACAAAUGAUGCUGGAAUAAAAACAGGCAGKGCAUCUUUCAGAACAAACAGCAGUUGAUCAGAAUCAGAAGCAGGUCCGAGAGUCAAAGAUCAAACAUGAGAUGACAGAACUCAAAUCAAACAGCUCUGCAGGCUGAAACAUGAGCCCUGACAGAACCUCACCCUCGGGUCAGAUUCCCUGCUCUUUUGCCAGCGAAGCUCUAAAUAAUUCGAGAACGUCACCGGUCCAUUCACUUUYACUCCUCCCAUCAGGUGAGAGGAAAGACACACAAACUGGAACCUCUCACAAACAUCCAGAUCAAACUCUAAAACGUUUGAUUUUUGUUAUUUAAAACCCGACCUUUAGUGACCUCCUGUUUGGGUGGUGAGUAGUUCCUCUGGGUCUGCCUCUGACCAACAAUARGAGCUCUCUGUGAAGGUGAAGAGGAUCUGGAGAAGAGACGGGGAGUUGUUGGAGAAGCGGGGACCUGCUGGACUGUUUGGAGGAGCAGAGAAUCCCACAGCAGGAGAAUGUGAGCCAUGCGUUGGUCCAGAUGUGACGUCCUCCUCGCUCUCUACAUCUGUCCCCUCACCUGUCUCACCAUGAUGUCUCCCUGCCCCCCCGGCUGCUGCUGUGCCCGCCCAGGGUUCUUGGUCCUGUGCGAGUCUCUGGGCCUGCGGUCGCUCCCCCGCUCCGUCCCCCUCAGCACCUCUGUCCUGUCCGUGGCCCGGAACCAGCUCUGCGACGUGGACCACCUGCUCGGCCCCUUCUCCGGCCUGCAGGAGCUCAGCCUCAGCCACAACCUGCUGCCCCGCCUCCCCCGCGGCCUCCCACCGAGCCUGGAGUCCCUGCUGCUGCAGGAGAACCGCAUCACCUACAUCAGCUCGGGCGCACUGAGGCAGCUGAGGAACCUGACGCGCCUGGACCUGGAGGACAACCGCAUCUCCGUGGUCCAGCCCGGUGCGCUGCUGGGGCUGGGCAAGCUGCAGGUCCUCACGCUGAAGGGGAACAGGCUGACCAGCCUCCCUCGGAAUCUCCCCCCGUCGCUGACGCGCCUGGACCUGUCGGCCAACUGCAUCUCCUCCCUGGACCCGCCCUCGCUGUCCACGCUGGUCAACCUGCAGGCGCUGCAGGUCAACAGCAACUGCCUGCGGACCGUCCCGGAGGACGCCUUCGACGGCCUGCCUCGCCUCAGGUCCGUGGGUCUGACCGACAACCUGUGGGUGUGCGAGUGCAACAUCCUGUACCUGUACCGCUGGCUGCUGAGCGGCAGGCUGAGGAUGGCCACGGACCUGGUGUGCAAGGAGCCGCUGCACCUGGCUCACCGCCUGCUGCUGGACCUGUCCGUCAUGUCCAUCUGUCCACGCGUCCUGCAGCCACAAGAGAGGACGCACCGCCUCCAAUCAGCGACAGAGAAGCAGGUGGAACGAGCCAAGGAGGAAAACAAAAGAGGUUCCAGACAGGUUCAGGGUCCUCCGGAGCCUCGGGUUUCGCCCUACUCUUUAGAGACCCUCACCUACGACGAGUGCUUGUCCCUGAACACGAGCCAAACAAUCAGCUCGGCCCACACGAAAACWACUUCUCUGCCCGAGGAGGAGCAGAGGUGCAGAGAAAACACCACAGCUCCGAGUGCUCCAGCCUCAGCUGCAGGAACAGCAGCCUGGCUGUCCACCARGAGGAAGGAAGUCCUCUCUACCCCACAGGCGCUCACCCAGAGGGACUCUGCCGUCGUCGUCUCCCUGCUCGCCCUAGUCUGUGCGCUUUUAGCUCUCGUGAUGCUGGCGGUGCUAGUUCUGCUGAAAAAAGUACUCGUCCGGCAGCAGAGGGUGGCUCCGGCUAACGAGCAAUCUGGUGGAUGACGGCAGCACUCACAAAGAAAAAAAAACACAUUUUAAAUCAUUUAUUUCAGAAUGUGUAAACAGUAUGUUUUUUUGUAUCUGUAUCUAUUAAAUUUUCAUACAAUGGAGCCAAAUAAAAGCCAAAAUAUUUAUAAAAACAAAACCUGAACCUAUCCACUCAGUCAGUCUUCAACAAUCUUCUUUUAUAUGUUAAAAUAAAUCACUGCAAAACAUAAACUGUGUCUGCCAGUCAUAGUAAGGUAGCUGUGUUGUCAGAAAUACACCCAUGAACUCCAAAAAAACUGCAGUUUUUUUAAAGCAUUUUCAGUUCACCUGAAGUUAAAAA